UCAUAUACAAUACGGUUUUUAACACAAAAAUGAUUUUUAAAGGCAUUUUUUUAAUAUUUUAUAACACAUACCAGAAUAUUCUAAUUGGUUACCAUGGAAACCAGUUUAAAUUUUUUUAAAAAACACACCUCAAAGUUAGUGUAGUGGUUGAAAAGUUCAAAUUAUGGGUAUUAGUACAGAGAACUGGUAUCUAGCUUGAAUAAUAUGCCUGGCUGCUAAGCUAAUUUCGAAAUUCAAGUGCGUAGAAAGCAAAAGAAAGACGUUUACUUUUUAUGUUCGUGCGAUCAUGCCUCCUAAAAGAAAAUUUGUUAGAAAUGCUAGGAAAAAACGUCGAUUUCAUGGAAAUCGCUUUCUAAAAGUUGAAAGUUGUGAUGUUGAUGAGAUAAGGGAAGAAAAUAAUGAAGAAAUAACGACCUCUCAAAACCAAUCACAACACGUGUCUUCCUCCGAAUUUUCUUCAAUACCUGCCUCUAAGAGAAAGUUGUCAACAGAUACAUCUAGCGAUGAUGAUAGUGAAUGUUACAGUGGAUUUCGCUUAGUGGAUAUAACAAUUUUGAUGGCAAUUAUAAAAAAUCUCUUGUGUCCCCAGUGUAAGUCAGGACAUGUGGUUUUGAAAGAAAAUGCUGUGGCCAAAAUGGGACUUUCAUCCUCAAUGUCUGUCCAAUGUUCUCUGCCAAAGUGCUCUUAUUUCCAAAAUUUUUACACUUCAAAGCGCGUUGAUAACACUUCAAAAGCUUUCGAAGUAAACAGGAGGGCUGUAUUGUCUAUGAGAAAUAUUGGAAUUGGCCAUCAGGGAUUGGUGAAGUUUUGUAACAUUAUGAAUAUGUUGCCACCUAUGAAUGUCAAUUCCUAUACUGAUCAUAUCCAAGCAAUCCAUGCAGCUGCUAAACAUGUAGCUAAUGAUAGUAUGGAGAGAGCAGCACAAGGCGUGAAGGAGUUUUAUGACUCUGAAGAUGAUGGCAUUUGUGAUGUUGGUAUUUCUGCGGAUGGAACUUGGAGACGGAGACUAACAUCUGCUUUUGCUGAGUUGAUAUACAGUUGCAAAAUUGAUAAUCUAGUUACGCAACCAAAGUACAUAAUUGUCCUCUUCUGUGCAAAUUCUCGAAAAGUACAAUACGCUGACUUGCAUAACCUACUCGUGCAUUUUACAUACAUUUACUUUACCCUUUGUCUCCCAGCAUUGCUGUUAUGGAAACAUGAAGAAACCAUCCAAAAAUCAAAGAAGCAAAAAACUUGGGAAGUAAAUGUUUAAAUCCUCCCUCUUUGCACGUUCUUGAAAAGGUGACAAGUCUACACAAAAGUAGAGAGCUAGACCGCACAAGUUCCGGGAUUGUGACCGGCAUAUCCGUGUUUGUUGAAAGGAAACUUACUUUAUUUUAUUCUCGAUGAAUCUUCUAUAUUCUAGCGACUUUGAGACCUAUUCAAUUGAUACCUCGAAAAAAUUUUUCUGCACGGACAUCCCAGCCGGUAAAUAACAUAUAUUCUAACAAAACAUCUAUUGUUUUUCAAUGCACUAAUUUCACAAUGACAUAGCUGAUGACAGAGUCAGAGAGCAGUAUUGCUGGGUUGGCCAUAGCACUGGUGAAACAUUUCAUGAAACAGUUCAUUUCAAUGAUUGUCUCUGGUUACUGUUUUGCAUAAACUGUAUAUUACUGUAAUAGUACGUUUGCUUGUGCAGGAAAAGAAAUCGAAUACUGUAAGAAACGUAACUAUAAAUCUCAUCACUGACAGCUUGUUUUAAUACAUAAACCUCAUAAAUUGACAA